GUAGCUGAGUUUCUAUGGACUCAUUUGGAACACGCCCAAUUCGUUGAAAUUCCAUUUCUUCUAAUCAUUGGUGUCCUACUCGUCUACAUUGCCUUCGCCUCCUACAUGAUUUCGCUAAUUGAAGGAUGGCAGCUAUCUGACGGAUUUUACUUCAUGAUGAUAAGCGUGCUAACAAUUGGUUUCGGUGGUGAGUGA